AAUAAUAUACCUACUUCUAAACCAAUAUAAUUUAAAUAAUAAAAUUUCAUCAACCUAAACAUGACUUCAGAUAGUGUCGGCUAUGCGAGUUGCAUGCAAUUGACUGAUAAGACAUGUCUGGCUGUAUUCUUUUAUAAAUUUUAAAUAUGUUUAUAAAACUAUAGAUAGAUGUGAAUGAUCUUUACUUUAAACACCACGUUGUUGUUUCCCAUGAAUAAAGAUGCAAGUUGAUUUUGUCGCGGCGAUGUGCUCGGGGGUCCUUUACCUGCUAUGAGGGGAGCUUCACAAUGAAACAGCUGUCUGAGGCUCAGUCGGCUCGAUGCUGGUACAACAUUCACUACUUAACCUCAACUCAAUUUUUACAUACGUAGUUAGUUAAAAUGUCAGUUAAAAAUUACCAAAACAAAAGUGAACUUUACUUAAAAUUAUGUGAAGUGGAUAAUUACAAUAGUUUAACAACAUUAGUGAUUUGUUUAUUUGUUACUUUUUAUGUCACACUGCAAAGUGUGAAAAAGUGUUGUAUUAUUUAUGACAUAAUACAUAAAGUUCAGUGUUAUGCUUUUCCGCUGCUAAGCAGUGAUUUUGUUUAUACCAAGGUACGCUUUAUUAACUUAAAUAAAUAGUUAUAAUUCUAUUCUACCUAUAUAAACAAAAUGAAAUGAAAUAACUCUCAAAGUUAAUCUCUUUAGGUUAGUUAUUCAACUAAUAAAUUCUCAAUAACUCCCUUUAAAGAUUUAGUAUUGUGUUCAUUCUGAAUUUAUAAUCUGCCCUAACCCAUUAUGCAAGUUAAAGUACCUAGUUCCUGAAAACCACAUGAUAGAUCUACGAUUUAUCUUUUGUAGUAGAUCUCGAUGACACUGAUGACAUGCCAUUGAUUCCUAAGUCUGACUGGAAACAACACUUUGUUAUCGCUGUCUACAGAUGAUAUAGUCUAAAUAAAGUAUUCUGUCUAUAGUAUAUUCUGAGACUAAAAUUUGCGUGCCAUUUUUUGAACAUAUAAGAAAAACAAUGCAUUAUGCCGAUUCAAUAAGCGAGAUAAAUGCGAGUUGACCGGAGGGCUACGACAGCGGGCGGUCAGCAGUCGUCCAGCGCCGCGGCCGCGAGUGAGUCAGCGGCCGCCGUGGCCCGCGGGGCUGACGAAUGUUCAGUAUUUACACGCGCUCCACUAACCCAAUUACCUACCGCUUAUUGACAGAAUUGUCUUGGCGCGCAAUCGCAUCUUCGAGAGAAAGGUGCAAUGCAUUUCUUUAUGCCAGCGGAGAGCGAUAAGUACCUAAUUUAAGCUUUAGCUGAUAACAAUACUGAAUCCUGUUAUUAUCAAAAUAAAGUAAGCAAUAUAAUGUUCUUAUCUAUAAACAACAAUAUGAACUGAAGAUGUACUAUAAUUCGCUACCGUCCAUUUUCGCAAGCAAGGCAAAUGAAGGAAACAGCAAAAUAUUGGUACAAAAUGCGCGCACGAUAGGUGUAUGUGCGCGGGAGGGCGCUCCCACGGGUUGCCGAUAUUUUUAGUCCAUGCCUGUUACUUGGCACCGGCGGCCGCGCUGCGCUGCGCUACUGAUCUUUCUGAAAUUCGUUCGCGCUUAGGUACGCUCCCAAUCUCGAGAUAGCCCAGUCUAAUGUCCACCGGAGACACAUUCACCUGUGAAUUAUCAAUUACCAGGACUAUUACUAGGUGGUGAAACAAACCCUCUGUUAAUGAAAUUAUGACGAUACGCCUAAACUAUGUGAUAUAUCCCGGCUAAAAAGUGCAAUAAAAGAAAAGUGACAGAGUGAGUGAACUCGUUCGAGAUGGCCAGCGUGAGUGCCAACGGGGCCGGCAGUACGACGCCGCGCCGACACCGGUACGCGCGCUCCUCCACCACGAGCGUGGGGCAGCUGCUGUCCGACGGCUACUCCAGCAUCAUCAACAGGCUCACCAGGCGAGGACCCUCCGAGAAAUCCGAUAUAGCUUCCGACUUGAAACUGAGUACCGCCCGGACACGGUACGAUGACAAACCGCUGACGAACAAUAACCCGACGCUGGCGGGAGUGCGCCGCUACGAGAACAAUAGGCACAUCUCCCCGUACUCGUCGUUCGCACCCGGCGUGACGACCGCCUCCAGGAAGCUGAACGACGACCGCUCCUACUCGAGUUACCUGUCCAAGACAAGACUCGACAACUCACCCCUGCGGACUAGUUCUAGUCUCAGCGCUGUGGCUCGCAGCGACUCAUUCCGAGCCGCACACUUUAAUGAUAAUAAAUCAUCACCGUUUACGAAACGAUAUCCUCUCAAGGAGGCCAAUAAUAACAUUGACAGUGCCAUUUCACUCGGAAGCACGAGAAGUCGUUUAGAAGAUAAAUAUUCGUCAGUACUGGACCGCAUUGCGAUUGAGAAAAGAGAAAGGGCAAGAAAACAAAAGGAGGAUCGCGAUAAGACGCUUGAACCUGAACAAUCGAUGCCGCGGGGACUCAUGAGGAGCUUCACCACCGCGGUGUUUGGCGAGAAGUCCUUCUCUCGGAACAACUACUCUCGAGAGAAAACCAGGGACAAGACUCCCUUUAAGACCUCGGACCGCAGGCUCUCUGCUACCAACAAGCAUGACCGAGAUGAAUUAAAAAAUGGUAUCGAUAUUCCAUUGAAAGACCGCAUUUAUUAUGGGAAAGAUAGGGAUAGUGUUUAUAGGCGACAUCAAAGACGAUCUCAUCGGGCUGACAAAAGUGAAAAUAGUGAUAAGAAAGGAACACUUUCUUUGCGCCCCAUAGAUAUUAGCAUACAACCGGGGGGUCCGAGAGAUUUAAUAUCACCGCUAGGUGUUUUGAACGAAACAAAUGGAAAGUCUACCACAACAAAGACACCGGCAUCGUCCCCGGCGCGGGAGACGGGCCGACAGAGGCAGAUAUACUUCCCGUCGAGCGACGAGGAGGACGACGACAAGACGCCGGUGGGCGACGCCGGGCUCAGCGAGCGCGAGAACCGGCGCAAGGAGAUCCAGGGCCUCAUCAUGAAGUACGCCCAGGUGGACGAGGGCUACACGCGCACGGCGGCGGGGGGGGGGGGGGGGGGGCCGCCGCGCGCCGCGCCGCCCGCGCUGGGCGACGUGCUGGCGCUGCCGCCCGAGCUGCGCGCGCGCCGCCGCCCGCCCGAGCGCCUGCGCCGCGCCGCCACGCCGCCUAGCUCCCGGGCACGCUCCUCGGUCAAGGACGACAAGGACGGACACCUCGUCUACUGGCCCGGAUAUGUCAUGGGAGCGAGAUAUAAGAUCAUCGACACGCUCGGUGAAGGCACCUUCGGCAAAGUGGUCGAGGUGAAGGAUCUAGAAAUGGAGCACAGAAUGGCUCUGAAGAUAAUCAAGAAUGUCGAGAAGUACAGAGAAGCUGCAAAAUUAGAAAUCAAUGUUUUAGAAAAAUUAGCUGACGUUGAUCCAGACUGCAAAAACUUAUGCGUGAAGAUGCUAGACUGGUUUGAAUAUCACGGACACAUGUGCAUCGCAUUCGAGAUGCUUGGACAAAGCGUAUUUGACUUCCUUAAAGACAACAACUACCAGCCGUACCCGCUGGAGCAGGUGCGGCACAUCGCGUACCAGCUCAUCUACAGCGUGCUCUUCCUGCACGAGCACAAGCUCACGCACACCGACCUCAAGCCGGAGAACAUCCUGUUUGUAGACUCGGACUACGAGGUCGUCUCCGUCUACUCUAGCUCUAAGAAGAAGCACGACCUGCGGCGCGUGAAGCGCAGCGACGUGCGGCUCAUCGACUUCGGCAGCGCCACGUUCGACCACGAGCACCACUCCACCAUCGUGUCCACGCGCCACUACCGCGCGCCAGAGGUCAUACUAGAGCUCGGGUGGGCGCAGCCGUGCGACGUGUGGUCCAUCGGCUGCAUCAUGUUCGAGCUGCACCUCGGCAUCACGCUGUUCCAGACGCACGACAACCGCGAGCACCUCGCCAUGAUGGAGCGCAUCCUCGGGCCCAUCCCUUACAGAAUGGCACGAAAGACUAGAACAAAAUACUUCUAUCACGGAAAAUUAGACUGGGAUGAGAAAUCAUCUGCGGGCAGAUACGUUAGAGAAAACUGCAAACCGCUACUUAGGUACCUACAGAACAACAGCGAGGAGACGCGGCAGCUGUUCGACCUCAUCGCACGCAUGCUGGAGUACGAGCCGGCGCAGCGCAUCACGCUGCGGGACGCACUGCACCACCCCUUCUUCAGCAAGCUGCCGCCGCACCACCGCCUCGGACACGUUUAUUCAAGGCCGUCAUUUCUUAGGCAGUGACCGGGAGCGCGGCGGCGGCGAGGGCUCGGGGCCGCGCGAGCGCUCGCACUCGCUCAGCAGGUGAGAGGCGCGCCCUCGCCCGCUAAGCGAUCGCGCCGCGCAGUGGCAGACUAUGGACCUGUACAGUUCUAUGAAGUGAUAAGUGAUAAAUAUUUUGUCGAACGUUGUAAUCUAGGUAAUUUGUUGUGAAUCGGUACUUCUCAAUUUGUAUUUAUAAAAUAAUUAUUAUUCGAAAUAAAGACUGUUAGUCUGAGCA